AUGUUCCUGAGCUUGCCUAAACGUUCUGCGGGAUUGCCUGCAAUAUGGCUUUGUCUUGCAUUUAUCAACGCUUGCGGUGUCAUGGCUAUAGAGUAUCCAUACACUGUCUAUCGCGGUACAUUCAUUCAUUUGCCUCGCCUGAAUUCUACUUCGACAAAGCCCGAGCUUGCCAGAAACCAAGGUGUUCUAUGGGUUUCUUCAGCCAAUGGCCGCAUUGAAGGAUAUGACUGGCAAGUCAGCGAUGAUGCUAGCUUUCAAUCAUUCCUAUCUAGCCAUGGCUGGACUGAUGCCAAUGCCACAUCUAAUGGUGGUGCCGGCUCAUCCACACCGGUUCAAGUUGUGGAGUCCAGCGACGCGCAAAAUGAGUUCUUCUUCCCUGGGUUUAUCGACACUCAUAUCCACGCGCCACAAUUCCCCAACAUUGGACUCUUUGGUUCCGCAGGCCUUUUGGAUUGGCUGAAUGAGUACACCUACCCAGUCGAAAGUAGCUUUGGCUCCAAGUCAGACCCGAACAACCAACAAACAGACCCCAAAGACACACCACCGGAAGGCCUUCGCGUUUAUGAUGAAGUCGUUGCCCGGACUCUUGCCCACGGCACAACAUGUGCUUCUUAUUUUGCCACCAUUCAUGUUCCAGCCACCAACGCCCUCGCAGCACUCUGCCAUUCUCAUGGGCAACGGGCCUUUAUCGGACGCGUCUGCAUGGACAAUAAGGAAGAAUGCCCGGCAUAUUAUGUUGAUCAGUCUGCGGAUGAAGGCUUUAACGCAACAAAAUCAACAAUAGACUAUAUUCAAACUCUAGACCCAAACGGAACUUUGAUCAACCCAAUCAUCACCCCCAGAUUUGCCCCAAGCUGCUCAAACCAGUCCCUUGACGGCCUCGGCAAACUGGCCGCAUCAUACAGCCCACCCCUCUACAUCCAAACCCACAUCGCCGAGACCACCGAUGAAAUUGCCCUCGUCCACACACUAUUCCCAGAAGCAGCAAGCUACGCCGAUGUCUACGACAAGGCCCAUCUACUUACCAACCGUACCAUCCUCGCGCACGGAGUACACCUCACCCAAGACGAGCGCACUCUCAUCCGCGAGCGCGGCUCCAAAGUCGCACACUGUCCCGCAUCCAACUCUGCCCUGGGCUCAGGUCUCGCGCCUGUCCGCAUCAUGCUCGAUGAAGGCCUCACGGUCGGUCUAGGCACAGAUGUAAGUGGCGGCUAUAGCCCGAGUAUUCUUGAAGUUGCCCGACAGGCUUGUCUAGUGUCCAGGCUGCUUCAGUACAGUGCCGAGUACCAAAACAUGACAGGCAAGACAGUCUCGGAUGGAAGCGAGAAGCUCUCUGUCGAGGAUAGCCUCUAUCUUGCUACGCGUGGUGGUGCAGCUGUUGUUGAUAUGGUCGAUGAUAUUGGUGGCUUUGAUAAGGGAAUGAUUUGGGAUGCGCAGCUGGUUGAGCUGGGUUCUGUGAAGAAUAGUACCGUCAGCCCGCUUGAUGUGACACAAGACAAUGCUCUUGCUUCUCAGAGUGUCUCUGAAUCUGGUCCAGUGGGUAAUGUUGAUCUGUUUGGAAAUGAGACUUGGCAGGAGCAGAUUCAGAAGUGGAUGUGGAGUGGUGAUGAUCGGAAUGUGAAGAGUGUAUGGGUUCAAGGAAGGCUAGUACAUGCCAGAGACUAG